UAGUACACAAACGUCCCUCCCUGAAACCCAUAGUGGUAGUGGGAACUAUGCAUCCGCGGUAGGUCACGCAGCUCACGCGCAUCUGCUCUUACCUAUCCGGUCCAUAUAUGCUUGUCUCGUCCGCUUGGCCGGCCACAGUUAGUUCACGCAGUUGAAGUAGCUUGUGUGCAUUCCUCGGUCCGUCCGUCUCUAGUGUGCCAUGGCUCGGCUCUACCACCUCACCUUCCUCUCCGUCUUCUUCUACCUCCUCCUCACCGGCCUCGUGGCUGCCGAUCCGUCUGGAGGGAAGAAGGUCGGCAAGAAGGUGAUCAUGACGGUGCGGUACCCGGCUGCCGACUCGGGGGAGAAGAUCACGAUCUCGACGCGCCUCAUCGGUGAGGGCGGGGUCGGCGACAGCCACUUCCAUCUCGACGGCGACGACUACGAACCCAUCAUUUUCGCCACGAAAAACCUUGUCUCGGCCCUGGAGAAGGUGGGAGAUCCGCAGGCCAAUCUAUCCGAGCUGUAGAAGCACGUACUUGACGUGAGUGAGCUUUCACGGGGCUCACUGCAUGCUCAGUGGUGGUUGCAUGCCCAGUCAGUGGAGAUUGGCGAUGGAGCUCCUCUUUUCUUUCCUCUCAGCGAGAAUACAUUAGGCGCUUUUUAUUUUGUUGUAGUGCCCAUUCGGGGAGCGUGUCCGGUGGCCUAUUAUUUAGGCUGUGUAUCUUGGAUUAUGUAAUCUUUUGGGUUCGAGAAAGAAAAUAUUUCGUUGUUCA